AUGAUUAGAUCAGGAAUCGCCAUUAUCGGGCGGCGAACAGCUGCUGCUCUCACAGAGGCCGACAUGGCUGCCUCCGUGAAAAACGCCUCAAACUUCAAAUCCCGCCUCGUCGAGCCAUCCGACCAGCGUGAUUUCCGACCAAUUUACCUCGACGCCGCAGCUACUACUCCUCUUGACCCGCGCGUAUUCGACAAGAUGCUUCCCUACCUGACGUCUUAUUAUGGGAAUCCACACAGUGUCUCGCACGCCUAUGGUUGGCAAUCUGAAGCAGCUGUUGAGCAAGCUCGAGAACAGAUCGCUUCUUUAAUCAACGCGGAUCCUCGAGAAAUCAUUUUCACGAGCGGCGCGACCGAGUCGAACAACAUCGCGGUCAAAGGCUACUCCCGUUUCUACAAAAAGAAGAUGAACCACAUAAUCACCUCUCAAAUCGAGCACAAAUGCGUUCUGGACUCCUGCCGGCAGCUAGAACUCAACGAAGGAUUUGAAAUCACCUAUUUGAAGCCACAAGAAAACGGGCGAAUUAAUUUGGAAGAGCUGGAAGCGGCGUUUAGGCCCGACACGGGCUUAGUUUCCAUAAUGGCGGUUAAUAACGAAAUUGGAGUAAUGCAGGACGUCGAGGCGAUUGGUAAACUGUGCAGAAAGAACAAAAUUAGGUUUCAUACUGAUGCGGCGCAAGCGAUUGGCAAGACUCCUAUCGAUGUCAAGAAAAUGAACAUUGAUUUAAUGUCCCUUUCGGGUCAUAAAAUCUACGGACCCAAAGGAAUCGGCGCUUUGUAUGUCUCUAGAAAGCCUCGCGUUCGACUUGAUCCAAUCAUCAGCGGUGGUGGUCAGGAGCGAGGGCUGAGAUCAGGAACUCUUCCUCACAAUCUCGCGAUCGGCCUCGGAGAAGCUUGCCGAAUCGCUCAACAAGAAAUGGCAGCAGAUGCCGAGCACUGUCGAAAGCUAAACGAGCGAUUCCGGGAACGAAUCAGCUCCCUCUCUCACGUCACAUUCAACGGCGAUGAAGAAGGAGGAAUGAGCAACAUUCUCAAUCUCUCUUUCGCGGCGGUCGAGGGCGAGUCGCUUUUGAUGUCCAUGUCUGGCGUCGCUCUUUCGUCAGGAUCUGCGUGUACUUCUGCUUCUUUGGAACCUUCCUAUGUUCUCAGAGCCAUUGGAAGUGAUGUCGAUCUAGCGCACAGUUCAAUCCGCUUCGGACUCGGCCGAUUCACCACUGAAGAAGAAGUCGACUACACCGCGGACAAACUUGUAGAGCACGUGAACAGACUGCGCGAUCUUUCGCCCCUCUGGGACAUGUUACAGGAGGGCAUCGAUUUGAAGUCGAUCCAGUGGGGAUCCCACCACUAG